AUGCACUCUGCUGACAUUUACAAUCCAGACAUUCCCUCUGUGGUGCUCGCCGUCUUCCCCGAGGUGCGCAUCGUGCUCACCAGCGACGUCGCCGCGGUGUGCCCCGGCAACCUGGUGCACCUCAGCGCCAAGAUCGACCAGCUCGCCGGCGGCAGCCUGGGCGACCUGCGCUUCAGCCUGCGCCCCGGCGCCGGCGUCAAGAGCCUGUGGCCGCUCCGCAGCGUCGCCGCCGGGGUGCAGGUCGAUGCGGUGCCCGACGGCUUCGCCCUCCCCAGCGCCAGCGACUCGGCGGGAGCGCUGGGCUGGGUUCUCAUGGCCGGUGGCGGCCUGGGCUACGGCAGCCUGGCGGGGACCUUGGAGGCGGCGCGCGGCAGCGCCAGGGUGGCGCCCUCCGUGCUGCAGAUCCCCGGGGCGUGUGAACCCGACUUCGUCGAGGCCACCCUCGCCGGCCGGGCGUUCGUGGACGAAAACGGCGAUGGGUUCGCUGGCCCAGACGAGGCCGGCCUUGCGGGGGCCAUGGUGGCCCUGUCAGCCGGGGUGGACGCCCGCACCGACGCCAUGGGCCACUACCACAUCACCUGCCUUGCGCCGGGCCGCCACGCCAUCAAGCUGGACCCACCGCCCACGCACCCUGCAUGCAGCCUCGGACGAUGCUUGGAGUGUGCUGGAAUCGCACAUUCUGGGGUGACUGCUGCGGCCCAUCUGGAUUGA